GAAACGUGUCGACCUGCUUGAACACACCACGGAAGUGUGAGACAAACGUUGAACGGCAUCUCCAGUCAACCAGUUUCAUUAGUGAGCAUUUUCAUUUUAAAACGCUGUGUUUAUUUUUACUGCUAAGGGAUAGCUAACGUCUUAAAACAGACACCGUUAAAGUGAAAUAUGCCUCGGAGAAAGAGGAAUGCUGGAAGCAGCUCCGACGGCACUGAAGAUUCAGACUUCUCUGCUGACCAUGAGCACACAGACAGAAUCGAGACCUAUGGGAGAACACGGAGGAACACGCGCCUCACCCGGGCAUCGCUGCGACUCAGCCAAAGUUCACAAGAUUCCAGCCCUGCCCAGAUCAGCCCAGCAGAGGUGGUGACCUUCUCUGCCCGGCGAGUGACCCGUAGCCGUAGUCUGCAGCAAGGGCCGCCGGUCACCCCCAAGAAAUACCCUCUGCGCCAGAGUCGCUCUUCGGGGUCGGACACGGAGCAGCAUGUGGAGGACCUGAAGCGAGCAGCAGACCAGGACGAGUCUCCGCCCCGCACCCCAACAGGGAACGCCCUCUCAUCGGAGUCGGAUAUUGACGUGUCCAGCCCUAACGCCUCUCAUGACGAGAGCCUGGCCAAGGAGCUGUCACUCAAAGACUCUGGCAGCGACCUCUCCCACAGGCCCAAGCGCCGCCGCUUCCACGAGAGCUACAACUUCAACAUGAAGUGCCCCACACCAGGCUGUAACUCCCUGGGCCAUUUGACAGGGAAACAUGAGAGGCACUUCUCAAUAUCUGGCUGCCCUCUCUUCCACAACCUCUCUGUAGAUGAAUGCAAGACGAGGGCCUCCUCUCGUGACAAACAGGUGGAGGAGCGGACGUUGUCCCACCGGCAGGAUGAGAACAGACACGCUACCCGUCACCAGGCCCCAACGGAGAGACAGAUGAGGUACAAGGAGAAGGUGACGGAAAUGAGGAAGAAGAGGAACUCGGGUCUGCUAAAAGAGCAGAAAGACCAGUACAUGGAUCACCGGCAGUCCCACGGCAACAACCGAGAGCCCCUCCUGGAGAACAUCACAAGUGAUUACGACCUGGAGCUCUUUCGAAAAGCCCAGGCACGUGCUUCGGAGGAUCUUGAGAAGCUGCAGGGCCAGGUGGCGGAGGGCAGCAACAUGAUCAAGACCAUUGUGUUUGGCCGCUACGAGCUGGACACCUGGUACCACUCGCCCUACCCCGAGGAGUACGCCCGCCUGGGACGCCUCUACAUGUGUGAGUUCUGCCUCAAGUACAUGAAGAGUCUGACCAUCCUGCGCCGGCACAUGGCCAAGUGUGUCUGGAAACACCCACCAGGGGAUGAGAUCUAUCGAAAGGGAAACAUCUCCGUCUUUGAGGUGGACGGUAAAAAGAACAAGAUCUACUGCCAAAACCUGUGCCUUCUGGCUAAGCUCUUCCUGGACCACAAGACCCUAUACUACGACGUGGAGCCCUUCCUCUUCUACGUCAUGACAGAGGCUGACAACACCGGCUGCCAUCUUGUGGGCUACUUCUCAAAGGAGAAGAACUCAUUCCUGAACUACAAUGUCUCCUGUAUCCUCACCAUGCCACAGUACAUGAGGCAGGGCUAUGGAAAGAUGCUGAUUGACUUCAGUUACCUACUGUCUAAGGUGGAGGAGAAGGUGGGCUCUCCAGAACGGCCCCUCUCAGACCUGGGCCUAAUCAGCUACAGGUCCUACUGGAAGGAGGUGCUGCUGCGCUACCUCAACCAGUUCCAGGGGAAGGAGAUCUCCAUCAAGGAGAUCAGCCAGGAGACAGCCGUCAACCCAGUGGACAUCGUCAGCACCCUGCAGUCCCUCCAGAUGCUCAAGUACUGGAAAGGGAAGCACCUGGUCUUGAAGAGACAGGACCUAAUCGACGACUGGAAAGCCAAGGAGACCAAGCGUGGCAGCAGCAAGACUAUUGAACCCACCGCCUUAAAGUGGACCCCACCUAAAGGAACAUAGGACACCCCUUCCCCCUACACCAUACCACGCCAACUCUCCAACCCACGGACCUGCGUUCAAAGCUCACUAUCAGAAUAGUUUACGUCAAACAACUUUUUUUAUCAGUACACUGUGUUAGUGCAGAAUUAUUGAUCAUUAUUAUUGAGAGUCCUAACCAGGCUUAAGUAGUAGAUCAUAAUAUCAAGAAGAAUACUGAUGGUGGGUUGCUUGAAUCCAGACCCUAGCUUUCCUCACACAACUUCUCAGUAGAAGCGUAUUAACCUAGUGAGCCAGACAGUUAGUACGUAUGGGAAUAUAGCUGUCUUUCUGGGAGGGGUUGAGGUACAACAAUGUAUCCAUGUGUCUUGAUUGUCUUUAGUGUUUCUGUUUGGUUUGAGCUUUAUUUAACUUUUUAUUUAACUUUUUUAUUUUUUUGAAUUUUUUUAAACUUCUGUUUGGUUUUACCACUGUUUUAAACUGUUUAAACUUCUGUUUGGUUUUACCACUGUUUUAAACUGUUUAAACUUCUGUUUGGUUUUACCACUGUUUUAAGCUGUUUUGGCGAAUGUCCUUUUUUAAGCUAUUUUAAAUUUGGCUCCCUGAAAAAUUGCCAAUUCCCUUUCUUCCCCUUCUCUCCACAGUGUGCACUCUUUCAAGUAUUUAAAAGCAUCGGACUGGUGAAAACGUUGGCUGGAGGAAGUUCCUUACCCCAAUCCAUUCCUUUUAAAUCCACGAGGAAGAGUGCACAAGUAAACACUUUGGGAGAGAAGGAGGAGGAAAAUAACUGGAAUUCUCAGUCAGGCUCUGUCUGAGGCCGAAGUACGAAUUUGAUGUCAAGUUCAAGUCAUGCUGUCAAUAUAUUUAAAUGAUAGAGAGAAGAUUUUAUAGUACAGGUUUGGCAAGACAAAGUAUAUUUGAAGAAAGUUUUUAAAAUGUGCAGGACUGGUUUCCUAGCCGUACUGAGAACUAGAUUUGAACGUGUCAUUAGAAGAGAUUUUCUCUGACAUGUUGCAGAGGAACAAGCAAAUGCAUGUAGUACACAGCAAAAGAGACCAUUAGUUUUGCAUUGUGGUCAACCCAUUUUAUGUCUAUGUGUAUAAGGAUAAAAUAAUGGAUGUUUUUCACCAACAUUUUGAAUUGCUGCAAAUGUUACUGACUGCUAGACUGAUUGUGCAUAUACUUUGGAUGAAACCAGAAAUUACCUCCAUCUGCUGUGUGUAUAUAUAAAGAUUCCGAGUUCCACAGCAACCUAUGGCCCUCAUCUCAAGAAUUUAUAGCCACAAUAGGGCAAUAAAUAUAUAAAGUGCACAUCUUUAUAGUUGCAGAAGAAAUGGCCUUUACUGACCAUAUGUCAAAAGUUAACUCUUACUAACAUCGUAAAGGAUUGACAAACUUCACUGUCAUUCUGAAAUGGUGUUAAUCCUUUUUUAGAGUUUUUAUUCAGUUGUGUUUCUGGGUUCUUUCUUGUGUGUUUAAAAAAAAAUAAGCUAUUUGAUCCGUGUAUAUGUUUGUCAUAGGGGAGAAACAAAACAAGCUCAGAAUCUGAGAGGAGGUAUUUCUUCAAGGCUGCCAAAUAUACUGUAUAUUUCACGUCCAUAUUUCAAAAUGUAUUUCAAUGGAUCCAACUAAGAAAGUAAUACUCCAAUAAUGUGGCGUUAUGAUUAUUUUCAGAAUUGAAGCACUCGUGUUGAAGUGUUGGAUGUCCAAUGUAAAAUGCAUGUUAAAAUAGUUUUGGGCCAGUCAGGCUUUAUUCAUUCCUUCUGCUUUUGAAUGUUAAGUAACAGGCCUUGAAAUAUACCUGCCCAUCAGAUUGUUUACUUCCUUAUUUUGACUCUCUGAAACUAGAUUGUACACUGUCCACUAUAUUUUGGGGUAUGAUUUUGAUUUAGUUGCAAAGUUCAUUGUUUUUCAAAGAGUCUGUAUAAUAUCAGCAUCUUUGGCAUGAAUCGAUGCUAACUUGGCUUAACAUCACACAAAGUAGGUAUUAUAGCAGGUCAACUUGCAGCUCAUUUCACUGUAUAUUUUAUUGGAACCUGAGAAAACACUGCUACAACAGGUCAACUGUUAAUUUCCCCAAAACAAUUCUCCUUUACCUCUGCCUUUCAUAUUUUGCCACCCAACAUGUUGCUGUGGUCUGUGUUGUCUUGAUGCUUCCACCUGUGCCAGUCAUGGUAUCUAUAGAAAGCAACUCCAGAACAGCUGGGUUUACCUGAAACCAGUGUGUGUGGUCAUAAUGUUCACCUUCAUUCAUUCAUUCAGUAAGCUAUCAAAAGAGCAGUAGACCACUGUAGCUACACAGUAGUACCUCUGUACAGCAUUAAUAUGUAGAUCAGUUGUGUGCACCUGCUUUUGUACUUGCUUCCUCUCCAAUAAAUCUAAACUCAAAUGUCUUGA